AGGCCCGUGAGAGAGCGGCUCGGGGAAAAGUGUGGAGGCUGAUCCGCGGAGUCGGUGCACGGAGUCGGGCUGUCAGGACACCCAGGAAUCAGCGCGUGACGUCACACGUCGGCCAGCGCACACCUCCGAAGAGAAUAAACCAGAGAAGUAUUGUUUCCAGUUUAGUUGUUUAAGAGGUUGACGCGUAAACACAGGCGAAGGUGUGAGUGAGAUCCGGUGUGUGUUCGGUUCUUCUCCCGAGCUGGAGCCUGAGUCCAUCCAGCAGAGCCUCACUGAGGGGGUGUGUGCCCUAAAAACACUCCAGUGCAGUUUGCGAAGACCUACUUGUCUGUUUUCACACCACAAAGACCCAGUUGUUACGGAUUUAACACACCUGAACUGUAUUUGCAGAUUUUUUGAGCGCCUGAGCCUACUGUUUGGUCCGGCCCAUUGGGAGAGAGAGAGAGAGAGAGAGAUAGAGAGAGAGAGAGAGAGGGUAGGGCACAACAUGGCAGCUGUGAAGUCCCAGGCAGGACCGGGGGCCAUGCAGUCGACAGCAGGGCGAAAAAAGGAAGGCCUGGUCAGACGUUGUGUUCAGGAGAACGCAGACGUACAGAAACACCAGCAGAACUCCAUCUUACAGUCGUCACCGGGUCUUGGGGAAGAGUGGACUGCCAAUUCGGAGCAAUCAAACACCCUCCUUUUCUUACAGUCUUCCAAUGUCAACCUGCCAUACCGGAGUCCUGAAUCAGUAGAAAUGGAUGAGAUCAUGGCUGCGAUGGUCCUCACCAGUCUGUCCUGUAGUCCAGUGAUCCAGAGCCCCACACAGAGAGAUCCCUUACCACAUGGCCCACUGGAUGUGGAGUGUGGUGGAGGGGAACUGUCGGACAGUGGCAGCAGCGGCUACUGGAGCUGGGAGCAUGGCAGUGUCAGUCCUGCUCCCUCACCGUCCGUCACCGAGACAGAGAGCAGCAUGGGACAGCUGGCAGAUGAGGGGCUGCACAUGGAGCCGGAGCUGGGGGCACGUGACGAGCUGGAGACCAGGCGGUGCAAGAUUUCGAGCAGGGGAGCGUAUAGGUGUUUGUGGCCAGGCUGUGGCAAAGUGCUGACAUCACGGGUUGGGAUGAAACGUCACAUUCGCAUUCUCCAUCUGGGUGGACCAGAGCAAUCUCACAGAGAGGAAGAUUUUUAUUACACCGAGGUCUCCUCAGAGGAAGAGGAACCGACGCCUCCAUCUCCUUCUCUGUCACUCACCAGUGGGCCCUGGUCCUCAUGCAGCUCCACCCCCAGCCAGCCCACUUCCGCAGAGGCCCCGCCCUCUUCCAGCUCUCUCAGCCAAUCCGCCCCCAGCAGUGUGUGGCAGAUACACGCGGAACAUCUCUACCAGUUGACACAUCCUUGUGCACCCAUUGAGCUGACCAUAUCCCCAGACUCUGCUUCCUCCUGUGACUGGACUUCAGCUGGACUCCAGCUGAGACCUCAGAUCAGCAUGUCACGUAGCCGUUCCAUCAGCGUGGGCGAGCAGUGGCUACAGCGGAACAGUGUUCCCUCCAGAUCGCACACCGUGAGUGCAUCGCCAUCCAGGGGCCACUGCUCCAUCCGGAAAGGUCGAGGCGAGGCCAAAAAGUGCCGCAAGGUGUACGGUGUGGAGCGCAGGGAUCAGUGGUGCAACGCUUGUCGCUGGAAGAAAGCCUGUCAGCGCUUCCCUGACUAAAAACAUAAGACUUUUUGAAGCAAGCAAGAAUCUCAGUCUUUCCUUUCUUUCUGUGGACUACUCCUGGCACUGUCGAGGACCAUGAGAAUCCCUUUUUUUUACCUUUUGUACCUGUUUUCCAAAAGGAGCUGAAGGAUAUUUUCUAUGAUCUUUUUCUGUGACGUGAGUUCUGGUGAUAGCUGUUGAGACUGUGUGACGUGGUACAGUCCUGAUCCCUCUGACUUUCUUGUCAACCUAUAAAGCAAGACUUUUUUUCUUUCAUUCCCCAGCAGUCGUGCACUACAACCGCUCUUGAGAUUAUUGAAUUGAUUGUCAGUUUUGGUAUAAAGUGAACAUCUCAACAUUUGUAUUGUUUGUUUUUUUUAUAUCCUGAAAUGUGUACUAGCAAAAUGUUAGUCAUUGUGUACUGGAUUUUUUUUUCAACAUCUUCACUUUUUUGCGUUUGACUUAUGCCCAUGUGACAGCACUUCCUUAUCAAGUAAAAAUGCCACACAUGAGGUUAAUGGUAUAUGCAGCUAUAAGCAGCUAUAACUUAUGAUUAAUUACCAAAGUGCUAUUGCAAGUCCCUUGCCAUUCUGUGGUACAGUAUUAAGAGUUUUGUUUGUUUUUUUGUGUUUUUUUUUUUCAUCUGAUGGGUUAAAACCUUGGACAGAUUUCAAGAAUUUGCUGUUAUACCCACAUAGUAUGCAUAAAGAACAGGAAAGUGUUAAAAAUGAUUAAAACACACCUUAUACAAUAUGCACAA